AUGGCCGGAAAUAUCGACACCAACAAUGAUAUAUACAGACUCACUGCACGUCCCUUCAUACUCGAACGCGAGGGAGAAUAUGACCGGGCAAUCAAAGUUUACCAAAACGCAGUUGAGAUCUUGUGUAUGUCCAUUGAAAAAUUCAAAAAGAUGAAUGUACGCAGGGUCAAUCGCAAGAUGUUCGAGCGCCAGGUACAGGUCCAUCGCGACCGACUUGCCUACUUGCAGACACUCAAGCGUAAGGGGAGCUUUGACGGUAUCGUCCUGCCACCGACAAUCCUUGACGCCAUGGAGGACUUAGCUGUGAAGGAUGGUGAUAGCAGCCCAUGGACCCUUUCACAGAUGAGGCAAGCCCUUCAUACUUAUCGGUCCAUGACCGACGAAAAUAACAGCACAAGCGCCAAAGAAGUACCGCACCACUUGAAGCCUAUCCUGGAGGCCUCAGACUCUACCCAAAUACCGUUUUUUUCACCAUCACUAGCCACGACCGCAGAGCCGCUGACGUACCGCAUAACCCAUGAUUCCGAGUUUGUCGAGCUGGGUGCACGGUCCCACUGGCUCUUCGUCAAGGAUGCCACUAAUACCCAUGUACUUUACGCGCUCCAGGCUAUCUGGAGCGACCAGAUCCCAAUUACCGAGGCUGUUUUACGUCGUCCAGGCGAGUUCCUUCCACGGGUUGGCGCCGUGAGUGUCCGAAUCCGCAAGACACCCGGUGGCAGUUUUCGUUUGGUAACGUCCACAGUCCCUGACAUAGGGAUUAUUGUUGAGAUCCCUGAUAGGGAAGCAAAGAGCAAAGACUGGUCUCCGCGGCGCUUCCAGUAUGGCGGUCGGAACUUUGUUUGGAGGAGCGGGCGGAAAGACAGCAGAGAAAAGAGUGCUGAUGGUGGCCUAUUCAAGUCGUUCGCAUGGGAAGCGCUGUAUGAGACGAAGCGUGUAUGGCCUAAGCAGGGGAGCCAGACAGGUAAGCUUGAGGAUGAGACUGUCGGAAUGUGUCUGUGUUGGGGAGAAAAGGGUGGAGGCAAUGGGGCAGCGCACUCGAUAUAUAUGAAUCCUGGGUUGGAUAUGCAUUUCAGGGAGCACCUACUUGCGGCACAGCUCGCGAGAUUUGUGCGUUGCAAAAAUCCACCCCAUAAGGACUCGAAGGGAGUCGAGGCAGUAGCGACUGGACAGACCAUAUUGUCAAUUCUUGAGAUGGCAUCAUCUUAA